GCUUGAAAGAGAUGCCUGUCUAAAAUAGAAAAAGACUGUGUCUGUAUUGCUUCUGAUCUGAGAAAGAAAAUACAUGCAUGCAAACAUAUAGGUAGAUCAACAGUUUCAUAAUGGAGGGAUUUGAUGACACAGUAGAUGUCAGCAAUGAAGAAGGUGAGCAUGCCGCGAGUCCCAUUAAAGAAGAUCAACACGAGUUAAAUGGUAAUGACUCCAUUCAGUCACCACCCGUGGGAUCUAAUGACAAUGCGGUUACAGAGGGGAUCUUCUCUUCUUCUAAUGAUGGUCCCCUGCUACCCGAACCGAUUCAUAUGCAGGAGGAAAGCUCUGCCUUUCGUGAGUGGCGUCGGCAAAAUGCAAUCUAUCUAGAGGAAAAGGAGAAGAAGGAAAAGGAAAUGCGGAACGAGAUCAUCAAAGAGGCUGAGGAGUAUAAAAAAGCUUUUACUGAGAAGAGGAGGCUUAAUUGUGAAACUAACAAGACUCAUAACAGAGAAAGAGAGAAGAUAAGCCUGGCCAAUCAAGAGAAGUUCCAUAAAGAAGCUGACCAACAGUAUUGGAAAGCAAUAGCAGAGAUCAUCCCUCGAGAGGUUGCUAGUGUUAAGAGACGGGGGAAGAAGGAAGAGGAAAAGAAGACCUCAGUAGCCGUCAUUCAAGGACCAAAACCUGGGAAACCGACUGAUCUUUCUAGAAUGAGACAGUUGAUUGUGAAGCUGAAGCAAAAUCCUCCAGCUCAUAUGCUCCCACCCGCGAAAGAUGAAAAGGACACAAAGGAUGGAAAAGAUGCGAAAAAUUCCAAGGAUGGGAAAGACGCUUCCUCAGAGCCUGCAAAGGAUGAAUCUAAACCUGCUGCUGCUGCAGAGGCAACAUAACUAGAAAUUACUGAACAGAGUGAGUCCGAGAUGCCUGUUCAUUAAAUUUUUUGUCCAGUUUUAGGUUGAACUCAUCUAUAUGUUGCUUCUUGACUUCUCUAUAGCUGAGAGUUGAUCAUUCAUAAAGAAAUUCUUAUACCAAGUUCACCAAUUUAUAUGGAGAAUAACUGUGAUUGUUUACUGAAGCU